AUCUUAACGUUGGCGUGGCAACCCCCGACCGGAGCAACAACCCACGAGCUAGCAAAUUAACUACAUAAUAAUCAUCGUUCCAUCAAAAAAACUUUCGACCAAUGGCCGGCCAGUCAAGAAAAUGGAUGAUCCUAGUCGCCACGAUUUGGAUUCAGGCCUUCACCGGCACCAAUUUCGACUUCUCCGCUUACUCCUCGCAACUGAAGCGCGUGUUGGGCGUUUCCCAGAUUCAACUCAAUUACCUCGCCACCGCCUCCGACCUCGGAAAAGCCUUGGGAUGGUCCUCCGGCCUCGCCUUGAUGUAUUUGCCGUUAUCGGCCGUCAUGUUCAUCGCCGCCGUCAUGGGGUUAGUCGGUUACGGCCUUCAGUGGCUUCUCAUGCAGCGUAUCAUUUUCUUACCUUAUUUUGCGGUGUUUUUACUGUGCUUGUUAGCUGGAUUGAGCAUUACUUGGUUCAACACAGUUUGUUUUGUGCUGUGCAUAAAGAAUUUCCCAUCUAACAGACCACUUGCACUGUCACUCACUAUAAGCUUCAAUGGGGUGAGUGCAGCCUUGUACAAUCUUGCAGCCAAUGCCCUCAACCCUUCUUCCAGUGCAUUAUAUCUUCUCCUCAAUGCCAUCAUUCCCUUAAUCACGUCUUUCGCUGCCCUCAUCCCGAUUCUUCGCCAGCCCCCUCUAGAACCCCUUUCACCCGAUGGAAUCAAACGUGAUCAGCUGUUAUUUGUGGUGCUCAAUUCCUUGGCAGUGGUCACUGGCAUCUACCUUCUCUUUGUGCAUUCAUCGGAUAAGGUUACUGCACGCUUCCUGCUUGUCGGGGCAAUUUUCCUCCUAGUCCUGCCUUUAGGAAUCCCGGGGGUUACCUAUGCACGAAAGUGGUUUCGUGACACCAUCUACUCGACCUUUGAACUUAAACACUCUGGAUUCAUUCUCGUUGAUGCAGAUGAUCUUGAGCUGCACAAACAGCUACUUAGUCGAGAAGGGAGCUUGGCUAAUGGACUUUCUUACAGCGUUGAUGGCAAUAAUGAAUCCAAUGAUCAAAGCACCAUAUCCUGGCAACGUAGUUCUGCAUCUGAUGAAGGAUGCGUCGAGAAUGUGAUUGGGAGAGAUCAAUUGUUCAUGCUUGGAGAGGAGCACAAUGCCCCGAAACUUCUCAAAAGAUGCGAUUUUUGGUUAUACUAUCUUGCAUACUUUUGUGGGGGAACAAUUGGGCUAGUCUAUAGCAACAAUCUUGGCCAGAUUGCACAGUCUCUUGGACAUACUUCAAUGACUUCAAAACUCAUCACAUUCUAUUCAUCCUUCUCCUUCUUUGGCCGCUUGCUCUCUGCAGCUCCAGAUUUCAUCAGAUUGAAGCUCUAUUUUGCAAGGACUGGCUGGCUAGCGAUUGCGCUAUUGCCAACACCAAUUGCGUUCUUCGUGCUAGCAGCCACGGGGAGUUAUAAAGCACUUGAAGCAGGGACGGCCAUGAUUGGACUAAGUUCGGGUUUUAUAUUCGCUGCAGCAGUUUCAAUAACUUCAGAGCUGUUCGGACCGAACAGCGUGGGAGUGAACCACAACAUUCUUAUCACUAACAUUCCAAUAGGAUCACUUCUGUAUGGAUUUCUUGCUGCUUUCGUGUAUGAUUCGAGCGCGGGUUCUAGCACUAAUGGCAUGGCAGAGCCAGUAGUCUGUAUGGGGAGAAAAUGCUACUUCACAACGUUUAUUUGGUGGGGUUGUAUUUCUCUUUUAGGCUUUGCUUCAAGUCUGCUAUUGUUCUUGAGAACACGGCAUGCUUAUCAACAAUUUGAACAGAGACGAAGAGCUACAAUGCUAGAUUAGUGAUCUAAUGAUCUAAUGAUAUAUAAUGCACAUUUCUUUCUUUAAACCAA